AACCUUUCCUCAAGGUAGUCGCAGUCACGCCGUUAUCGGUUGUAGUCUAAAUUUGCUUAAUUUGCAUGUUGCUUGUGUAUUUAUAGUUGUCGCGAGCUUGUACCUAUGCGCGUGUGUAUUAUAAUUAUAAUUGAAAUUUAUCAACUUAAAACUUUUUAAAACUCGGCGUUAUGUGAAACGUGAUUUUUUUUCUCAAUAAAACAAUGCCGUUAUUUAAUCGAAAAUCUGUGCACAAACACUCUAAAGAACCGGUGGUAAGGCAACAGUAUCGCAACGAUGAGGAUGAAAAAGCUAAACAGAAUUUAGUUUUUCACUGUCAACAGGCUCAAGGUAGCCCCACUGGAUUAGUCUCAGAUUUUUCCAACGUUCGUGAGCUUUACCAGAGGGUAGCUGACUGUUAUGAUUUUCCAUCUGACGAAAUCCUUUUUUGUACUCUGAACACUCAUAAAAUAGAUAUGAAUAAACUUCUUGGUAGUCAAAUUGGUCUGGAUGAUUUUAUUUUUGUACAUAGAAAAGGUAGACCAAAAGAAAUUGAAAUUGCUAAAACAAACGAAGCACUUGGUUUGACAAUCACGGACAAUGGUUCUGGAUAUUGUUUCAUUAAACGCAUCAAAGAAAAUAGUAUUAUUGAUAAUAUUUCUUAUAUUAAUGUAGGAGACCAUAUUGAAAGAAUAGAUAAUGAAUCUAUGGUCGGUAGAAGGCAUUAUGAAGUUGCUAAGCUACUGAAAGACAUUCCUAAAGGAACUGUAUUUACCUUGCGUUUAGUUGAGCCGCUCAAAGCUGGAUUUUCAAAUAUUGAACCAAGAGGUAAUCGUAAAGGUAAAAAUGUAUAUGGAAAUGGAAAAGAAACUCUGAGAUUUAAGGCUAAUGGUGCAGCGCUAAUACAAAAAGAGAAUGAUGAAUCGCGUAAAGGAAUUGACAAAAUUAACCAACUUUUAGAAAAUCUCUUGGGCAUAAGUGAUGUAGAAUUAGCAACCCAAAUUUGGGAAAAAGGUGAAGACAAACUGAACAGUAUGGAUUUCGCCGAAGCUAUUGAUAACUCUGACUUAGACGAAUUAGGAUUCACUGAUGACUUCAUAAUUGAACUUUGGGGCGUUAUCACAGAUGCUAGAGCGGGACGAUUGAAAGACUGAAUGUUUUAUUUUUUGCUGUCUUUAUAUAUUUUGUGUAUAGUUUGAUAUUCUUCCAUAUAAUAUUAAGUGAAACAACUAUUAUGUACUAUUAAUUAAUGAUGGUUUUCGUUAAUAAAAAUUAAUUAAUUAUUUUUUCGUCAAAA